CAUUUUCUGUAACGCAACACGGAAGUGACGGCCCGCCUUCGCAGAAGUGUUGUUUUGCUUCAUCUUCAGCUACUUUUUAGCCAAGAAGACACCUGUUUUACAGUCAAACUUCACUAUGUCUUCAGAUUUUGAAGCCUAUGAACAGGACUUUGGAACCCUGACAGCAGAAAUAACCAACAAAAUUGGAAGGAUUCCCAAAUUAGGUGGAGAGGAGAAGACACAGCUGGUUCUAAAUGUCGACAAACAGCUCGAAGAAGUCAGAGAGUUGAUGGAGCAGAUGGAUCUGGAGGUGCGUGAGCUCCCCAUCCAGAGCAGAGGCAUGUACCAGAGCAGACUGAAGAGCUACAAGGGGGAGAUGGACAAGCUGGAGAAAGACUUUAAAAGGUCACGUAUCGCCUACAGUGAUGAGGUGCGGAACGAGCUCCUGGGGGAAGACGCUGGCUCAUCUGAGAGUCAGUUGAUCAAGUUACGUGAAGAGAGAGCACAUCUGUUGGACAACACAGAGAAGCUGGAAAGGUCAUCUCGGAGGCUGGACGCAGGCUACCAGAUAGCAGUGGAAACCGAACAAGUUGGCCAAGAGAUCCUGGCUAACCUACACACCGACCGCGAGAAGAUCCAGAGAUCCAGAGAUCGGCUGAGAGAGACAGACGCCAACCUGGGCAAGAGCUCCCGCAUCCUAACCGGCAUGCUGAGAAGAAUCAUCCAGAACAGAGUCCUGGUCUUCGUCCUCGGCGCCAUCAUCCUCAUCACCAUCAUCCUGGCUAUCUAUUUCAAUGUGCGAGGGCACUGAUCUCCCUAAUUCUCUCUCUCUCUCUCACACACACACACACACACACACACACACACACACACACACACACACACACACACACACACACACACACACACACACACACACACACACACACACACACACACACACACACACACACACACCAGGUGUGAUUAAUAGCGAAAAAAGCAUUGCUCUGGAGUAAUUAGGACAAAUGGU